ACGUGUAAUCGACCUCCUCUUUCUUCUUCUUCUUCUUCCCAGUGUAGCUUCUUCAGACAUCACCCAAUCGCAACCUUUUGAUCUUCGAAUUUUUCACAGAGCUCAGACUCUUGGAUGGAAGAUAAAGAGAAAAUCGAUGAGGCUGAGAUUGAGUACACAAGCUAUGCCGGCGAGCAUCACCUGCCAUUGAUUAUGUCUCUGGUGGAUCAAGAACUCAGCGAACCUUACUCCAUCUUCACUUACCGGUACUUCGUCUACCUCUGGCCACAGCUCUGCUUCCUGGCCUUUCACAAAGGUAGAUGCGUAGGAACCGUAGUCUGUAAGAUGGGGGAGCAUCGACAAACUUACAGAGGGUACAUCGCCAUGUUGGUCGUGAUCAAACCAUACCGUGGUCGAGGCAUAGCCACAGAACUUGUUACAAGGUCAAUAAAAGUGAUGAUGGAAUCAGGCUGUGAAGAGGUAACCUUGGAGGCAGAAGUGAGUAACAAAGGAGCGUUGGCUCUAUAUGGGCGACUCGGGUUCAUAAGAGCCAAACGGUUACACCACUAUUACUUGAAUGGGAUGGAUGCUUUUCGGCUGAAGCUCUUGUUCCCUAAGCCUCGUGUACCACAAAUAGCUCCUCAAGAUCAGACCCAGCAAAAGCAAGAGAUUUUUACUGGAUGACUCAGCCACUUCCUUUUUUCAUACUUCAUCCUAAGGCCAUGGGAAUAUUUUAAGAAUUGUUGUAUUAGUUUCUAUGUAUUCCGGUUACUGAACAUAAUAAGACUAUUGUUGUCUAUUUUUGUUUAAAGAUAUUAGGGCUUGCUAGAAUUUUUGUCACAUACAUAUGUGAAUGAAGUAUUCUCUCGACCGGUGUUAAGGUCUUAGAUC